AUGACGCCAAUCCGUCCGUUCUUUCUUCCGCUCCUUCUCCUCCUCCUCCUCCUGAUUGUCAAUCGAAACGUGAGUCAUCGCACAUUGCGAAACACGAGAGAGCAAAGAAUGGAGGCUGCUCAGACGAAGCGGUCGGAAAAAUGGAUUAUGAGCCAGGAGAGACUUUCGAAUUAAUCUCAAUUGUGCUGGUUAGCAUGGCUCAGCGUCCACUGCUCAACAGAAAACGAAUGAAGACUACCGUAACUCGCUGCCAUUUCCGUGAGACGAUUUUGAGAUAAAGUUUAAAUUCAAUAUCAACCAGAACGGUACAACCUGGAACAAUGUAUUGUAACCAGGGAAUCAGUAUUUUCGAGUCUCCCUCUCAAAUAAUGGGAAUUUUGAAAGAACAUAAAAUAAUCACCUGUUUCGGAGGAAUUUCGGCUAGCGCUUUCUGCAAAGAAACGGAGAAACGUUUGUUUUAUUUGUGAGAAAAGGCCUCGCUUCGACACUUUAGAAACCAAGAAACAUUUGAAAUUCGAAUACGUUUUUUCUUUUCGGAAAUUGAAACCGCAUUUGGAAAGAUUCACAUUUCAGGAUGGUCAUCUGAUCCCACCGAAAAUCAACGUUUCCGGCGGAGUGCGAGAGAACGGACUGACCGAAAAUCUAGGUAUGAAAAAGAGAGGAAUUCCAAAUCAUUUUCUCUUUUCAGUCUCGUGCGGCGACUCGUUUUGUGAUCUGCAAUUCUGCAAAGAAGCAAACGAAAAGGGGGGAUUCGAGUGUCGGACAGACUAA